GUAACACUUGUUUAAUUGUUUCCCAUCUCACAUUACUUGCGGCGCGGGCGAUCGGGGAAGACGCGGGCAAGAGUCGAAUCUAGGGUUCGUGUGCCGACUGAUCGACUAUUUGGAACACCCGGAGGGAGGAUCUCUCAAUCGCGUUCAAGGAGGAAGAAACCCUACUGCGCAGCUGAAAUUUGCAUUUAGAUUUGUUUGCUUGUUUGUUGCCCUUCCUCGUUUCGAUUGGGUUGUUCCCUUGGCCUCGAUGUGAGCGUGCGCCAGAUCUAGGAUGGCAGAUCCAGGUGAUUGCGGCGUGGAGGGCUUCGGGUGUGAGUCGGCAGGGUGGAAUGCUAUGCCGCCGACGCAGCCAGUGCAGACGGUAUCUGCGUCGUUCAAGGGCGAUGGGAAAUCGGCUUCGUCUCAGAGACGGAGGGCCUCGACGAAGCCCAACUUGGAGGCGGAGGAGUUCAUUAAUCUGCUCCACGGAUCUGAUCCCGUGAAAGUGGAACUCAAUAGGCUCGAGAAUGAAGUUAGAGACAAAGAUCGAGAAUUGUCGGAGGCGCAUGCUGAGAUCAAGGCCCUGCGGCUGUCUGAGCGUGCAAGAGAGAAGGCACUCGAAGAGCUAACAGAUGAAUUGACAAAGUUGGAUGGGAAGCUUAAGCUCACUGAAUCACUAUUGGAAAGCAGGAAUCUUGAAAUUAAGAAGAUAAAUGAUGAGAAGAAAGCAGCCAUGGCUGCUCAAUUUGCAGCAGAGGCAACACUUCGAAGAGUUCAUGCAGCUCAAAAAGAUGAUGACACGCCUCCAAUUGAAGCCAUUCUUGCACCUCUUGAAGCAGAGUUGAAGUUAGCACGGCAAGAGAUUGCAAAGCUACAGGAUGACAACAGGGCUUUGGAUCGGCUUACUAAAUCAAAGGAAGCAGCACUACUGGAAGCAGAACGAACUGUGCAGAUUGCUUUAGUGAAGGCUUCUAUGGUAGAUGACCUACAAAAUAAGAACCAGGGACUGAUGAAGCAGAUCGAAAUCUGCCAGGAGGAGAACAAGAUAUUAGAUAAGAUGCAUAGGCAAAAAGUUGCAGAAGUUGAAAAGCUAAGCCAGACUGUGCGAGAACUAGAAGAGGCUGUUCUUGCUGGUGGUGCAGCUGCAAAUGCUGUUAGGGAUUACCAGAGAAAAGUUCAGGAGAUGAGUGAAGAGAUGAAAACUCUUGACCGUGAACUUUCUCGAGCAAAAGUGUCAGCUAAUAGGGUUGCUGUGGUAGUGGCCAAUGAAUGGAAAGAUGCUAAUGACAAAGUCAUGCCUGUUAAACAGUGGCUUGAGGAACGCAGGUUCAUGCAGGGUGAGAUGCAACAACUUAGAGAUAAGCUUGCUAUCACAGAGCGUGCUGCAAGAUCUGAAGCUCAACUGAAAGAGAAAUUUCAUUUGCGUCUCAAAGUUUUAGAAGAGGGUUUGAGAAUGUCAACAAGCAGUACUAACUGUAGCAAUGUAGAGGGGAAGAGUUCAAGCAAUGGUCCUUCACGUCGCCAAUCUCUUGGUGGAGCUGACAACAUUCCAAAGAGUGUUAAUGGUUUCCUAUCAAGAAGACCAUCUUUUCAGAUGAGAUCUUCUAUUUCUAGUAGUGCAAUACUGAAACAUGCCAAAGGAGCAUCCAAGUCAUUUGAUGGUGGCACUAGAUCAUUAGAUCGAAGUAAAAUCAUUGUGAAUGGAACAGGUUUAUUACUGAACAAAUCUUCAGAUUCAACUGGUGAUAAUGCAUCACACAACACUUGGAAGGAGAAUCCAGAUGAGAAAAUCAGUGAGUUCCGUGCAGUUGAAACAGAUGAUUGUGUCUCUGGAUUAUUAUAUGAUAUCCUGCAGAAGGAGGUAGUUACACUUAGAAAAGCAUGCCAUGAAAAGGAUCAAAGCUUACAAGAUAAGGAUGAUGCAAUUGAGAUGCUGGCUAAAAAAGUUGAUACAUUGACUAAAGCAAUGGAAGUGGAGGCAAAAAAGAUGAGAAGGGAAGUAGCUGCAAUGGAGAAGGAAGUGGCUGCUAUGAGAGUAGAUAAAGAACAGGACAACAAAUCUAAGCGGCUUGGUGGUUCUAAAGCUCCAGCAACUAAUUCUCAUUUACUGCCUGGAAGGACUAUCCCUCGAAGUGGUUUGACGCGGAACCUAUGAUGAGAAGAUUCAGAAUUGAAGUCGUUAAGAGGAGAUUGGCAUCGGCUUCCCCCGCUACUUUAUUAGGAUCUCGUGUGGAGAAUGAAUGAGGUCCGAUUUGUAGCUGGCACGGUAGUUUUAGCUACUGCAGGUGAUGCUUGGGUUUGCUAACACGAUGACCUGUUAUUUUGGUAGGAACAUCUCUUAUUUCUUUGUAUAGCUUUCUGGUGUAUCCACUGUGUUGUGCCUUUUUAUUUUUUAUUUUUUGUUGAUUUCUUUUACUUUAUUUUUCCGAGGAUGUGGAUAGUGUAAUUUCAGAUUUGUGUUACACUUUCUAAUUGGUUGCCUUAGAUUGGUGUUA